AUGAGCCAUCAACGAUAUCCCUCCCACGAUCCUGUCAAGGAGCCCCAUUCGAUCUCCCUCAAGGUCCUUCGACUCUCACGUCCAUCUCUAGUCACGCAAUAUCCUAUCGACUCUCCAUCCUCAGUUGGCGCAUCUCUCAAGCCAGCUCCGAUUCCGGCUUCACUCGCGUACCACUCCCAAGUCACCUCAAACCCGACCCCUUUCCUCCUCAGCCCUGUCGUCAACCUUCCGGUAUCGUUCGGAUCCGCAUAUGUUGGCGAGACCUUUAGCUGCACGCUUUGUGCGAACAAUGACCUACCGCCAGACGCCGUAAAGAACAUCCGCGAUGUGCGCAUUGAAGCAGAGAUGAAGACCCCAGGUAUGGGUGCUGUACAGCGUCUUGAACUCGGUCCACCCAACGGCCAGUCCGAAGCAGAUCUACAAUCCGGCGAUACAAUGCAGAGGGUGGUAUCCUUUGACCUUAAGGAGGAAGGGAACCAUGUGCUCGCAGUGACAGUGAGCUACUACGAAGCCACUGAGACCAGCGGACGCACGAGAACGUUUCGCAAGCUGUAUCAGUUCAUCUGCAAGGCAUCACUCAUCGUGCGCACCAAAGUGGGCUCGCUGAAGGCUGAGGAUACCCAGGGACACGGACGGUGGGUGCUGGAAGCACAGCUGGAAAACUGUAGCGAGGAUGUGGUACAGCUGGAGAAGGUCGUUCUGGACACUGAGCCUGGCCUGCGGUACCGCGACUGCAAUUGGGAGGCGAGCGGGAGCGCGAAGCCGAUGUUGCACCCGGGCGAGGUGGAACAGGUCUGUUUUGUAGUCGCGGAAGACGGAGCCGAGACGGGAGUUGAGGUGACACCGGACGGGAGGAUCAUCUUUGGGUCAUUGGGGAUUGGUUGGAGGGGUGAGAUGGGCAACAGAGGGUUCCUGGCUACCGGAAAGCUGGGGACUAGACGAGCGGCACGAUGA